UUGACACAAGCCCGCAGGUCAAGGCUCGAAAUCGCUACGGUGAUGUGCAAGCCUGGGAAAACUGCAGGGUCCAUCUCAAGGUCCCCGCCGGGGAGUGUGACUUCAUCAAUGCUUCUCCUAUCGUACUCAAGGACCCCGAGACAGACGGAGAGUACAAGUAUAUUGCAAGUCAGGUGCGUAUACCCAUAGAUAUGACUUAUUGCAGCUUAUCAUGCACGAUUCAUGGUUUUAACACUUCGUCAUAGGGUCCAAAACGAGACCGGCUUGCUGAUUUUUGGAACAUGAUAUAUCACGAGGCCGGUGAAGUUGCUGUUUUGGUUAUGCUCACUCAAACAGUAGAAUCCGGAAAGGAGAAAUGCGCCCAGUAUUUCCCACAGGAUAUGGAGAAUCCUACUUUUGAAUUCUCCUCUCACAGCACCACUGAACCCCCGGCUGCUCAUUUUUCUGGCUCAGUUACCUUGUUGAAUACGACUUAUGAUGAAUCAAUACGUUCACACGUCAGUGAACUGGAGCUCCGUGUCGGUUCAAAUACCAAGACAGUGUGGCAUUUUCUCUUUGCUGGGUGGUCCGAUUAUGGUACUCCAGAGGGACCUGAUAGAGAUGCCCUCCUCAACCUUAUGACAGCAACAGCGGAGAAAGCAAAGUCGUUUUCCAAUCCUCGAAUCGUGCAUUGUAGUGCUGGCGUAGGGAGGACCGGAACUUUCAUUGCUCUCGACCACCUACUUAGACAGCUACAGUCUGGACAACUCUUGAAGGAAGAUGACAAUUCUGCAGAUGCUGUUUUCAACACUGUCAAUCGACUGCGGGAGCAACGAAUGUUGAUGGUCUACAACGCAUUCCAGUAUCAAUUCAUCUAUGAUGUUUUGAAGGAACAAACUCAGAUCAAGCUGGGAAUCCAGUCUGCCCCGAUCGAGCCUCGUCCGCAAAAAAUAGCGAAACCUGAUGACGGAAUGUUCAAGCCUGAACUGGUUGCUCUGAGUCCGGCAGAUAUCGGCUCUGCAGCUGAACCUGACGACCCCGAAAGUGAAAAUAAUGAAGUCAAAGAUGUGGGAAGGAGCAAAGAAAGCAAGGGAGACAAGGAAAACGAUGACAAUGACAAAGCCGACGACGACGACGACGACAAUAAAGAUGAUGACGGCGAAGCUGAAGAUGAAGAUGAAAGCUGAUACCAUGGAUUUGCACUUCUCUUUCGCCGAUCUAGGUAUAAACUGACCUCCCUUUCCACUUACAUCCCACGAAGAACUUUUGCACGUUACGAAGCUACAUUUUCUGUCUUCACAUACCAUGACUCCGACUAUUUCUCUAUUGGGGGCUUUAAACGGCUUUUCUUUUUCUUUCUUAAAUAAAUACCGCCUUGCUGUCUCUUAUGCAGACUGUUUCUUCCUCUCGACUUUACUAUACCUUCUCCUACCUCUUUCUCCCUCCCCUUUAAACCUGUUCUAUGUGUUUUACGAUGGUCAUGUUGCAUAAGUAAAUAGAAUUCCUUGGUGCAUGUAUGGAGGAAAGCAAUACCCUCAAUCGGUUUCAUCUCUUUUGUUUUUUAACCCUUUUGACUGGAUGUGAUUUACAUGCUUGCUCCAAAGGCUUUUUGGUUGUACAAUCUUCAACAAUCAAGCAAUAAGUACACUUUCUUUCAAACGAGCCAUCAACAGAUAACUAACUAAUCAGUUUGCUGUGGCGUCUUUCAAAAACGGCCUGAGUAAACUAGCAGCUGCGGUCUGGGCAGCUGCAAAACAUCUGAUCGGCUUUGGUUACCGACG